GAGACUCAUGUAUAGGUGCCAUAAAACCCUAACUCAAAAACCUCCCAGAAGAUUGUUCAUUAGCUUCUCUGAAGCUAAGACAAGAAAGAGCCGCCAUUUUUUGCUCGUGCAGCUCAAUUAAUUACCAACCAUGCCAAAGUCCAAGCGUAACAGAGCAGUUUCGCUGACAAAAACCAAGAAGAAAGGGAGAGAACACAAGGAAACGAUAGUGAAUUCGAUAAGGGAAGCGGUGGAAAACUACAAUUCGAUUUAUGUGUUUACUUUUGAGAACAUGAGAAAUCUCAAGUUCAAGGAGUUUAGAGAGCAGCUCAAAUCUACCAGCAGAUUCUUCCUUGGAUCAAACAAAGUAAUGCAGGUAUCUCUAGGUCGAUCAGUUGCUGAUGAGAUCAGGCCAGGAAUUCACAAAGUUUCCAAGCUUCUCCGUGGAGAUGCUGGACUUUUUCUCACCAAUUUGCCAAAAGAAGAAGUUGAAAGGUUAUUUAAUGAAUACGAGGAAUAUGACUUUGCAAGGACUGGAAGCAUUGCAAUGGAAAAGGUAGAACUUAAGGAAGGUCCUUUGGAGCAGUUUACCCAUGAAAUGGAGCCCUUUCUUCGCAAGCAAGGAAUGCCUGUUCGGUUGAACAAGGGUGUUGUGGAGCUAGUUUCAGACUAUGUUGUUUGUGAAGAGGGAAAGCAUUUGUCACCUGAGUCGGCUCGAAUAUUGCGAUUAUUGGGCAUUAAGAUGGCUACUUUCCGACUUCACUUAAUUUGCAGAUGGAGUCCUGAAGAUUUUGAGCUUUAUAGAGAAGGGCAAGAUGAGUCAGAUGUGGAAUCUGCAUAAAACAGUGCGGCUUUAGUCUAUAUACUCCUUGAAUUUAUGUAAAAUCCUGCUAUGAGAUCGAUCCAUCUAAAUCGUAUGUAAUACAAGUUAAUGCAGUCCAGUAGGCUGUGUGUGUGCCUGUUUGUAGUGCGUAGUAAUAGAGGAGCUUUGUACCUUUGGUUAAUCAAAGGAAGCUUCUUGUUUUAUUAUUCAAUUUUGUCUGCAAGCUGCUGGGUCUGAUUUUUGUUUUCAUUUAUUUUGACUACUAUGACGAAGAAAUUAGAAACAGAUUAUUUUGUUUA